AUGAUUGUUUCCAAUCUUAUACAAAAUACAAGACCAGGCUCGCCUUUAGCAUCCCAACUAAGCGCUCAAAUUAUUAGUGACCUUUUUAGUUCUGGUUCUCUACCUUGCGGUUGCCCGAAUCCAUUUUUUAACGCCCCUAAUAUUGUCCCUAAUAGUAUUCCUAAUUUUAUACCCAAUAGUAUACCUAACUUCAUUCCUAAUAAUGUUCCUAACUUCAUUCCUAAUAGCAUUAUUUCCCCUAACUUCGUCUCCCCUAACCUUAUUUCACCUAAUGUCCUUCCUAACAUAGUGUCUACUGGCGUUCCUUCUGCGAAUUCGUACCCUAUUAAUAUUGCUAAUCUAAUGUCUGGUUAUUUAUAG